AUGACGUCAAGUUAAAUGUGGCAGCCGUCUCAAAUUGGAAACAGCUGAUGAUUGUUUGUGUGUUUUGUAUCAAAAUUUAAGGCCUUAUUCAAUUCAACUAACAUGGAUGAAAGCAACAUCCCCAUCGAUAUAAACAUAGGAAAGCUUCAAGACUGGUUGAUCAGUCGUAGGCACGUCUCUAAAGAUUGGCAGAAGAAUGUCAUAGCUGUGAGAGAGAAGAUCAACAAUGCCAUCCAAGACAUGCCGGCUCACCAAGACAUAGCUGCUUUACUCUCAGGCAGCUACAUAAAUUAUUUCCACUGCUUAAAAAUCAUUGAAAUACUAAAAGAAACUGAGGCUGAUACUAAAAAUUUGUUCGGGAGAUACGGGUCACAGAGGAUGAAGGACUGGCAGGAUGUUGUGAGGAACUAUGAGAAGGAGAACUUGUAUUUAGCAGAGGCAGCACAGAUGCUGGUCAGGAAUAUUAGUUAUGAGAUUCCAGGGUUGAAGAGGCAGAUUGCCAAAGAGGAACAGGCACAAGCGGAUUUUGAAAAGAAGCAUGCAGACUAUCUAAAGAAUGAAGCAUCAAGUAAAUCAGAGUUUCUGGCUUUGUGUAAACAACUUGGUAUCCAAGGUGAGAAGAUCAAGAGAGAAUUAGUGGCGAAACUUCAGGAGCUCCCUGAGAUAUAUGACCAAAUAGGGAAAUCACUAAAACCACUCCAGCCAGGUAUAGAGUUAUACAAUGCAUUCACAAAGUAUAUCCUCGGUGAGGAUUCUCCAGAAGCUUUACCAAUUUUGCAAUAUGUGAUUAUUCACGGCAAUACUACAGUGUAUGAAUGGAGUUACGGAGAACCUCCUUUGAGCUUGGAGCCAGAUCCUAUACAUAUCGAAUUAGAUGAUGACGAAGAACAGGCUUCUGGAGAUCAGAUAGAUUUUGGGGACAACAAUGAUAUAGAUUUUUCUUCUAUCGACGCUUCAGGCGCAGGGAUUGACUUCGGAGAUGGGGAUGGAGCUGCUGAAAUAGACUGGGGCAAUAUCGAUAUUGCUUCAGCCGAUGAAAAUAGUCUUUUGGCUGAUAUAGAAGCUGUGUCUUUGGAAGGGGCGGGGAUAGUAAUAGAGGAGCAAGGGAUGACCGGUGGAGUUGCGAGGGGCAAAGAUGCUCUGACGUUAUUGGACAACCCCUCUACAAGGAACCAGUUCAUCGAUCAACUCGUUGAGCUCGAGUCGUUCCUGAAGAUGCGCGUGUACGAGACGACGAGUGCGGCGGAGUCCCACACGCUGUCGCUGCUGCAGCAGCUGCCGGCGGAGAGCGAGCCCGCUCUGCGGGGCAUGCUGGGCGCCGUGCAGCGCGCCGCCGCCGCCCUCGCCGCGCCCGACCUCGCGCACCUGCACAACGUCAAGCACUCGCCCAGGUACGUGGACGUGCUGACGGCUCAGCUAAAGCAGAAGCUGGUACUGUGCGAGAAGCUGUCGAAGCUGGCGGCGCGAGCGGCCGAACAGCGAACGGCGGCGAACGUUCGCGCCGCCGAACUAAGGCCGGUGCUCUCUAAAAUCAUAGAGAGAACUAAACAGUUGCAAGCGCAGAUCGAAAGCGACAUAUCGAAGAAGUACAAGGGCAGGCCGGUCAACAUUAUCGGCGGUGUUAAAUUCUUGUAGUCGUAAGCUUUAUAAAUCCAUCCGGGACCAUCAGAACUCAAGGCAGCACAGCCCAAUAUAGGAACUGGUAUAUUAAUGUGGCAAAGCAACAUUUCGGUUUAAUUAUAGAAUGAAUAACUGGAAAGGGAUCACGCACGGUCAUUCGGACCCAAAUUAGGAUUCCCUGUGUUAUGGGUACCAGAAACUGAUAUACAUACAUACUUGUAUAUAUUUAAAUACCUCUCCUCAGAAUUCCGUGGAUCCCGCACCCUAACCCAUGCACCAGCCCGCUGAGUUUCUCGCCGGAUCUUCUCAGCGGGUCGCGACUCCGAUCCGGUAGUAGAUUCAUUCGCGAAGCAAUUGCUCUUGAGUUGUUAGGUCU